GAAGAAGAGCCCAACGGUCGCAAGAGUAUGUAGGAAGGCCCCAACCCGACCCGGCCCAGCACGCAGCACCCAAGGGCGGCUGGAAGCGCAAUGCGCGUGCUCAGUACAGCGCUAUUCAGUCCGCAGGCUUUUUGAGGAUUUCAACUUCAAAGAACGGUCGGCUUCGGGGCGGACUUUGCUUCAGUCCCAGGCCUCGGGAGGCAGCGGGGAGGCAGACUGGGACACCAAGCAUACAGAAGGGGAGGGGUCUUGAAAUUGGCGGAAAGCGAGAAUGCUCCCCUCCUGGCCAGCCUUGCCGAGCGAAGUGAGAAGUACUGAGGCCUGAGGAGGCUCCACGCGUGCGCAAAGGGCCGCUCGCUGUGAUUACUGGUGUGGCGACGGUUGUGAUGACGCCGCUGCCCCGCCUCCGCCGAAAGGGAAACUCCAGGGGAGGCGGAGGCCAGCGGGGAUUUCUGAAGCCAAGUGUUCCCCUUCAUCCACGACGGACAGGAAGGGCGACCCCCUGAGGCCACUUCCAGUUCUUGCGACCGGAGCAGAGUUACCACGGAGACGCUCCUCCCGACGCCUCGCGCGUCGGAAGCUCCUGUCCCCUGGAUUCCGGCUGACGGACGCGUUCCCCAGGCAGGUUCUCGGUAGCAGCCGACACGCCCCACUCCGGGCACAGCGAGGUCUGAGGACCACGCUAAGGCGUCAUUUCCGCCCUGAUCCGCGGCCGCUAUGGAAGGGGCGGAGCCGCCGCGGAGGGCGCUCCGCUUGGACGUCACUUCCUGUGAGCCCGGCGGUGACAACGGCAACAUGGCCCUGAACGGAGCUGAAGUCGACGACUUCUCCUGGGAGCCCCCGACUGAGGCGGAGACGAAGGUGCUGCAGGCGCGACGAGAGCGGCAAGAUCGCAUCUCCCGGCUCAUGGGCGACUAUCUGCUGCGCGGUUACCGCAUGCUGGGCGAGACGUGCGCGGACUGCGGGACGAUCCUCCUUCAAGACAAACAGCGGAAAAUCUACUGCGUGGCUUGUCAGGAACUCGACUCAGACGUGGAUAAAGAUAAUCCCGCUCUGAAUGCCCAGGCUGCCCUCUCCCAAGCUCGGGAGCACCAGCUGGCCUCAGCCUCAGAGCUCCCCUUGGGCUCUCGACCUGCGCCCCAGCCCCCAGUACCUCGUCCGGAGCACUGUGAGGGAGCUGCAGCAGGACUCAAGGCAGCCCAGGGGCCACCUGCUCCUGCUGUGCCUCCAAAUACAGAUGUCAUAGCCUGCACACAGACAGCCCUCUUGCAGAAGCUGACCUGGGCCUCUGCUGAACUGGGCUCUAGCACCUCCCUGGAGACUAGCAUCCAGCUAUGUGGCCUUAUCCGCGCAUGUGCGGAGGCCCUGCGCAGCCUGCAGCAGCUGCAGCACUAAGAGAAGCCCCUGAGAAAAACCCUCUAGAAAAACA